AUGAAAUCGAAGCUUCAAAAACUCCAAGUCGUCAUCGAACGCGCCAAGGUUUUUGCCAAUAAACCAAAGACGAGCCCGUACGUCAAGCUCAACAUCAUCAAACAUGCUGCUGUGUGCAGUCAGGUCAUCCAAGGGCUGAAUAAGAACUUGGAUGACCACACGCCAGACCACUGUUGGGCCCUUGGAAAGGGGAAUUCGCUGAAGAAGAGAACGAGAGAGAACACCAAGAGUCUAGAAGAGUCUGUUGGUAUGCUGGGGUUGGACUGCAACAUUGGACUGCAGUCGGUCGACCGGUGCGAUCCUGUUGACACCAAAAAAGAUUCAUUACCAUUGCAAGCCAUGAAGAAGAGGCUUCUCAACAGAAUGUAUCCCACCAUUCUUGAUGCUCUCAUUAGGGUGUAA